AGCGCAUUUGGAGGUGGGGAGGGGGGCGCGCCUCUGUGUGGAGUCGUCUUGGAUGGCGAUUCCGUAGCAGUGUGAAGGCCUUUAUACAGUAAGCAUACUUGCCAACGGGCACCCGGAGAACUUCGGGGGUCACAGACCACAGGGAAGGAGCUCACGACAGACAGGGAAAUCAUGGGACACGGAGUGGGCUGAACCACGGGUUCCAACUGCACACACCAAUAGCUUCUCACUGUGGUGCAUGUCAUGGCCACUGCCUCACUGAGAGCAGAGUCUAGCCAUAACCACAGAGGAACCUCUCCUCUAAAUGCUUGUGUCAUCUGUGCCAAACUCAAGAGGAAGAAGAGCUUGUUUGGUGCUGCCAUUUAUGUGGAGGUGACAGCAGAGGGGAAUUCGCAGCGCACAGAGAAAUCUCACAGCUCCUCCAACCCCAAAUGGAACACAACGCUCAGCCUGAAUGUAACACCACAGUCAAGGGUGGAUUUCAAAGUAUGGAGUCACAACACGCUGAAAGCAGAUGCUCUGUUGGGCAAAGCCACGCUGGAUCUGAAACAAGCCUUAGAACAGCAUAACAGCAAGUUGGAGAAUGUCGAGGAGGUGCUUAAGCUAAGUGUGGAGCAGAAAGGAGCCUGUGUGCCCACUGGGGAGUUGACGGUCUUGCUGACUUUCUCGCCGACCCUCUCUAACCAGGAGGAGCUGCCCCUUCUUACUAAUGGCAAUGCUACGAAUGGAACGAAGAACCAUCAAAAUGGUCAUGCCAUCCAUGAAAAUGGGGACUCCUCUUCAUCCUCUUUAAGGGCUGCCAAUGGCACCGUGAAUGGUGUGGACUCAGGACCCAGUUUGGGUUCCUGCUCUUCUACAAAUGGCUUGAACAGUCAGGUGCCUUCCAGUUCCUGUAGCCCCGCCCUUGGUCACAUAGUAAAUGGGGAUGCAACAUCAAACUCUACCCCGAUCCACCAGCCAUCAGACAGCGAUUCCGAGGGCAGGAUUGUCAAUGGUGAGUCCUGUGACUCUGGUUUGCCGCCAGUUUCGGAUGUUGGGGAUGUGGUGCCUAGUACAGAAGACCACGCGGACUGCACUUUACCACCAGCAGGGCCGACCUCCUCAGAGCCUCCUGUCACCUCUACAUCUGCUGCUGCUUCUUCUACGUUAACCUCCUCAGCCCCCAGUGUUUCGACCACCACGACCGCGCCAUCAUCAUCAUCCUCUUCAUCGCCAGCAGUGGGAGAAGGAAAUGCAUCUGUUUCUGCAGGUGGUAGCAGUGGGAGCAGUACAACUGCAGCCACUGAUGGGACUAAGCCCAGACAGCAAGCUCCAAAUUCUGGAGCACCUGACCCUCUACCACCAGGGUGGGAGCAGAGGAAAGACCCACACGGGAGAACUUACUAUGUAGACCACAAUACCAGAACUACUACAUGGGAGAGACCACAGCCACUGCCUCCUGGGUGGGAGCGACGAGUGGAUGACAGAGGCAGAAUCUAUUAUGUGGACCACAACACUCGUACCACAACAUGGCAGCGUCCCACAAUGGAGUCUGUCCGCAACUUUGAGCAGUGGCAGAGCCAACGCAGCCAGCUGCAGGGAGCUAUGCACCAGUUUAACCAGCGAUACCUCUACUCUGCAUCUAUGAUGUCUGCAGAGAAUGACCCUCUUGGUCCACUGCCUCCUGGUUGGGAAAGACGAGUGGACUCCAAUGACAGGGUGUACUUUGUCAACCACAAUACCAAGACAACACAGUGGGAAGACCCUCGAACCCAAGGGCUACAGAAUGAGGACCCCCUGCCAGAAGGUUGGGAAAUUCGCUACACCAGGGAAGGUGUUCGAUACUUUGUGGAUCACAACACCAGAACCACCACUUUCAGUGAUCCCCGCACUGGAAAGUCCUCAGUCACCAAAGGGCCUCAGAUUGCUUAUGAGCGCAGCUUCAGGUGGAAACUUGCCCAUUUCCGCUACUUGUGUCAGUCCAAUGCUCUCCCGAGCCAUGUCAAGAUCACCGUUUCUCGCCAGACUUUGUUUGAAGACUCUUUUCAGCAGAUUAUGGCACUGAAGCCUUAUGACUUGAGGAGAAGACUGUAUGUCAUCUUCAGAGGAGAGGAGGGCCUUGAUUACGGAGGCUUGGCCCGGGAGUGGUUCUUCUUGUUGUCCCAUGAGGUUCUGAACCCCAUGUACUGUCUGUUUGAAUAUGCUGGCAAAAGCAACUACUGUCUGCAGAUCAACCCGGCGUCAGCCAUCAACCCAGACCACCUCUCUUACUUUUGCUUCAUUGGCAGAUUCAUUGCAAUGGCACUUUUCCACGGCAAAUUCAUCGACACAGGAUUCUCUCUGCCUUUCUACAAACGCAUGCUGAACAAAAAGCUCAUUCUCAAAGAUCUUGAGUCCAUCGACCCAGAGUUCUAUAACUCACUCAUAUGGAUCCGAGACAACAACAUUGAAGAAUGUGGUCUGGAGAUGUACUUCUCUGUAGACAUGGAGAUAUUGGGGAAGAUAUCCUCCCAUGAUCUCAAGCCUGCUGGUGCUGAUGUCCUCGUCACUGAAGAGAAUAAAGAAGAGUAUAUCAGUCUGAUGGCAGAGUGGAGAUUCUCCAGAGGAGUCGAAGGUCAAACCAAAGCUUUUCUGGAUGGCUUCAAUGAAGUAGUUCCGCUUCAGUGGCUUCAGUAUUUUGAUGAAAAAGAGCUGGAGGUGAUGUUGUGUGGCAUGCAGGAGGUGGACCUGCAGGACUGGCAAAGGAACACUGUCUAUCGUCAUUAUACCAGGAACAGCAAACAGAUCAUGUGGUUUUGGCAGCUUGUGAAAGAGGUGGACAAUGAGGUGAGACUGCGGCUGAUGCAGUUUGUGACGGGAACCUGCAGGCUUCCUCUCGGCGGCUUUGCUGAGCUCAUGGGAAGUAACGGGCCUCAGAAGUUCUGCAUAGAAAAGGUGGGAAAGGACACGUGGCUUCCGAGGAGCCACACAUGCUUCAACCGUUUGGACUUGCCGCCGUACAAAAGCUUCGAGCAGCUGAAAGAGAAGCUCCUCUUCGCCAUCGAGGAGACUGAAGGGUUCGGCCAAGAGUAGGGGAAUCCCCCCUCCCCUCCUCCUCCUCCACCUCCACCCUCCUCACAUCGCUGAGUCUUCAGCCACAUUCAACAAAACUAACAAAAAAAAUUGCACAAAGUAAAACCACCAAUGUAUAUAAGCUAUUUUUAACCAAAUCGGGAUCUGCAGCACCAUCUAGUGUCCCUGAUAUACGAUGCCCCGACGUAAAAUAUGCAAACAGAUCUGUUUAAAAACAGUCUUUGCUUUCCUCUCAUCGCGGAAUGGCUUUCAAAAAGUGUUUUUUUUUUUGGACAGGAUUUCGUAGUUGAAGCACGAUUAUAUUUAAGGCUCUAGUUCUAUAGAGCUUGUGAUAGGUGCGUGUUGUUUUGGAGUCUGGUGCCUGAGAACCCCCAAGCCCCUUCUCUGUCUGUCCUCCUUAGUAAUGAUUCAACUGUGUGCUUGCAUGGCUGCCUCCCAGGAACACAAGACCGCUGCUACCACACCUUACUAGAUCACUGUGACUCAAACCCAGAGGGAACUCCACUCUUGUUUUAUCCGAGAUCAAGAUCUGCCCUGCAUCAUGUUUGGUGAUGAAGUGGUGCACCCCAAUUGGAAUCAUUGCUUCAUUCAGAAAGCCUUUUAAGUGAAUGUUCUGCCAUCCAUCUUCUUUUCACCUUUUACCCUUUAACUAGUUUAAACUUUCUUUGACCACUGAAUAUUUGUUUGUCUCUUUACAUUAGCGAAGGUUUCGCCGUGCCUCAGUGUCUCACAUCCCGCUGGACGCAGGCGAAACACUCAAUGUAGCAAAAGAAGCCGACGUGUGGGUUUAACCGCAGAACUUCCGUGCUUCCUUCUGUAAUCUUGAGAAAAUCAACUGUGUAUGUGAAUAUUCAUUGUAUAGAGCUAAUGCAAGAGAAAAAUAUAAUUCAUUACACAGAGCUGUUGCUCCAUGAAAUCUGUGAUGCCUUUUGUUCAUAUCGGACAGCUGGGAGGCCUAGGGGUGACCUGCGGCUCCGGCUCCGCCCUCGGUGAAACCUGUAACAUAUCGCGUGUAGAUACACACUGUAAUCAUGAGCUACACUGUACAGAAUGCCCCUUUCACCGAGACGUGUAUAGAAGAUUCCUUUUUAAUCUGCUUUCAGCCAUUUUAAAUGAAGAGAGAUGGAUUUAUGAGAUACGAAUAAAGAGAUGAAUAA